AUCUUGGGCACCGCUCCACUGCUCGCUUGGUACCCGCACCUGCAACUUCUGCCGAUCUCGACGCUCUUCCAGCCUAAGCCGCAACCCUUGUCGCUGUGUACGAUAGUUGAAAAAGAGUAGAGACGCGAGGAUGAUCCGAGGACUGACGAUAGCGCUUGUGACAGUGGCGCUGGUGUCCCUGGCCACGUGCCAGACUUUCCAGUACAGCCGAGGCUGGACCAACGGCAAGAGAGCCGAGACGUCGCCGUUGGCGAGUAUCCUGGACUAUAGGGCUGCGAUGGCCGGCGCUGGGGGAAGGAUGAACGAUCUGCAGAUGGCCAGAUGCGCCAACCUCCUCAAGUGGAAGAUGUUCUUGCUGAGUUCCGGCGAUAACGAGGAGGUGUGUCGAGUGCCAUGCGAGUUCCUGGACGUCCUUCGGCAGUGUCUAAUACGCCAGGACAAGGCCAGCCCGAACGACCUCAGCGACUUCAGACGCCCGUCGGCGCCGGCACUCGAGACUAGCAGCAGCCUCAGCUACUAAACGCCUCCCGCACUCCCUCACACACGCGUGCGCACACACACAGGCGGACGCGAUGGUAUCACACGCGAUUAUCGCGACGCUCGGCUCCAAGAACCGCGAAAUAACAAACCGCACGCGUACUCCAUGCGUGCACCCGAAAGUCACGCAGCCACAAAAUCCGUAUAUCGACGCGUUCACAGGUAUAUAAGCUGCGCGUUUACGUGUCUCAGUGUGCGUAUAUGAGUGUAUCUGCUCUGCAGCUCAAGUUCGAGGAACGGCGCGUAUACGCUGUAAUUAUCCACGGCUAGCACAUCCGGCAUACGCGGUGUGCGGCUAUAUGCGCGCCGCCGAAACGCCCGUAGAGCAGUUCUCUCUCUCUCUCUCUCUCUCUCUCUCUCUCUUUCUCCGAGUUUGUCGGAGGACACGCGUGAAACACACUCCGAUCGACCCGAUUCCUUCGUUUUUUCACUUCCGCUUCUCCCUGAAAAUUACCGAGCGCUGCUCGACUCGCUGUUUUUUGGUGCUUUUUUUUUGGUUUUCCAUGCCCGAAAAAUCGUCGAUCUAAUUGCAACGUCGUAUUAUGCGGAUUUCGGCAAGUUCGCGCGAAGACUCGUGAGAAGCCAGUGCAGGAGAGAUCGAUGAGAACGCGGACGAAAAUAGAACAGCUCCUUCUCGCGUCGUCGGCUUUUCAGCGGCUAAUUAAGUUUUCGUCGCUGCGCUUACUUAAUUGAAGGCGCGAUGCUGCGUCUGCGACCAAUAUGUACGUGUGUGAGAGAGAGAGAGAGAGAUAGAUAGAGAGAGAGAGAGAGAGAGAGAGAGAGAGAGAGAGAGAGAGAGAGAGGCGGACGUUGGCGUACGCGCGAUGGGGGAUUUUCUCUGUCAACGGGAAGAUGGAGUGAAACCCUGGCGAAUAGAGACACUCGUCGAGGCCCCGGAUUAUCCCUCUGCGUGUGAUGCGCCUGAGACUUAUACGUGUGUGAGAAGCAUCAAUGCGCCGUUAUUACGCCUCGGCAGCGGCUCUAAUCUGCGGAGCUUCUUCGCUUCGUUUAUGUACUUUUGCCUGUAAACGAUCGUCGUUUAUGCGUAUGCUAGAUUUAAAGCCGAAUAUUGUAAGCGUGUGUGUGUGUGUGCGUGCUUGCGUAUUUUAUACUUGUUGCGUGCAAGUGCGAGGAUCGAAAAUUCAUAGCCAAAAAGUAUUAUUCAAAUCUAUAUUGACGAUUUCUGUUGCUCGCGUCAACUGCUUUGUAAUGAGAUUUAUAUAGUCUAUACACCGAGAAACAGAGAAACCUCGUCGUGAUUUAAUUAUGCGAUGUGAAUUAUAUGGCAGAACAUCUGUCAUCCAUAUAUAUAUGUGUGUGUGUGUGUGCGCGCGCGCGCGCGCAUUGAGGGAAUCAGAAUUGAUUGUAAAAAUACCACAUCAUUUAUGAAGGAUGAAAUAAAAAGAGAGCAAUUGAUGAAACAGAACAUCACAA